AUGCACACGGAGCAAGAAGAAGAGCUUCCACCAUUGAUUCCCCCCAAACCACCUCAAACAAUGCAAGUGACUCCUGCCAUCACAAGUAAUGUUGAGCAGUACAAGUAUCGCUGUGGAAUUUGUCAACAUCAGCUCAGCCAUCAGUUAACGGGACCACGGUCUUAUCAGUGUAAUCAUUGCGGCAUGAGCUUCACCCACUACCACCUUUUUCUCACUCAUUUACGAAGCCAUGGGAAUGAAAAAGCUUCCAAGGACACUAACUUUCCUACCAGUGAAAAGAUGAUCCGUGUGGAACCUGUGAAGCGUGACAAAAUUUACCAGUGCCCAAUAUGUCCAGAGAGUUUUUACCAAGCUUUGGACCUUGCGAAUCACCUCUCUGUUCAUUCUCACAUGUGCAGUGUUUGUAAUAUGACUUUUCCCACUAAGAAAGACCUUGAUGAACAUGAGCAAUGCCAUUUGACUGCUGCUACUCAGUAUGAAUGCACAGAAUGUGGAGACAGCUUUCUUGGAAGUGAUGCUUUCCGCAAACACCACUGUAGUAAUAGAAAUGUGACCUUUUCAGAAAAGCACCGUUCAGCGCCAUCUGUCCCUUCCUCCAAGAAGCAGAGUUCAGGCACUCGUUUUCAAGCGGGUGAUGAAGAAGAGGAAGAGGUUGAUGUUGGAGAAGACUUCAUUAUUUGUCCUAUCUGUAAAAGACGGUUCUCCUCCAAUAGCAGUUUAAUGGAGCAUCAUAAAAAGCAUCAUGAGGAUCCGCGUCCUUUCAAGUGCUUGGUUUGUAAAAAAGGCUUUACAAAGAAACGUUACCUUACGCAGCACCAGCAGAUACACAGUGAACGCCCUUACCAAUGUGAAGUGUGCUCGGAAUCCUUUAAAACAGAACCGGCUCUUAUAUCUCACCGUAAAAUGCAUGACGCAAAAAGGCAACACCAGUGCCCAAUAUGCAGUAGAACCUACCUUACAGCAAAUGAUCUUGCAAAACAUAAAAGGAAACAUGCUGAACAUCAAAGCCUGAGUGAGGACAACCGAGAAUACCGAUGCGAUAUGUGCUAUAAAUCCUUCACCAUGUUUGCUCAUUUGCAAAAGCAUCAAGAAACCCAUGUAGGACAAGUGGUCUAUGAAUGCACAGAGUGUGACAAAGCCUUUGCUUUUCUAAAUCUUUUGGAGGAACAUCAGAGGACUCAUGGUGCUGCUUCUACAGAAUCUCUUCAGUCCCAAUCACCAACCCAUUUUCCCUAUCAAAGCUCAGUAAAUGAAUGA